UCUCUAAAUUGAUGGAACAUUUUACAGCUUCUUGUCCAGUCAGAAUAGGAAUGAUGCCUGCAGCUUUAAGGCCACAUAGACUUCUUGUUGGAUAAUUGUUCCAAAAGUUUUACUCAUGAGACUGAACUUUUCUAGGGCAUUAUUAUAUAUUUUGGUAGUGUGGCAUUUUUUUUGGUAUUGUGCUGGCAGUGGCGCAAAAUAGUUAAGAACUGUUAAGUAAUUUUAUGUGUAUUAAAACAUAUGUGUAUUCUCAUUAUUUAGAAAAGCCUAUUUGCAUUGCCAGUCAUAAGGAAGGAAACCGUAAUGUUAAGCACAGAAACUGGUUUAACGUGUUUUGUAGGUAAGAUUUUUGUACUGCAAAUCUCUCUUCAAAGUUCAGGUUGGCCAAGUAGUAGAGGUAUCUAUAUACCAAUUUUGCAGUGGUAAGAAAGGUUAUGUAAAUCCUGGAAGGAGACUCACAGUGAACUGUCUGUAUUUAGGUGUGAAGUUAAUAUUUGUAUAGGCACUGGUUUGUAGCUCACUUUCACUAAGGCGGUGGUUAGUGAAAGAUCUUACUGCUUAUAGCUAAGGUGCUGAUGAUCACGUUAGUUAUUUGUUUUUACUGAAAAUAUCAGGUUGAAUUUUAUUUUCACUCAGGUGAGGUUUAAUUCCACCAGAAGUACUCCUUCUUUGCAUGAUGGCAGUCGCUGCUGACAUCAACAUCAGCACAAAUUCUGUGAAGUGGGAGGACUGUGGGUAGGCGAAGAGGCUUUCUAGGACCCAUCAACCAAACCUGCACUGAAAUGGUGGAACAGGAAGAUGCAUAGAGGCCAUGGUUGGCCUCAUGAGUUAGGCGACUCACUUCCCUAAAUCCAGGCAAGGUCAAGUUUAAGCAAAAGCCCACAGCUAGUUAUUGCAGCUACCGGGAAUGGUUACUCACUGUUUACUCUAGGAGCAUAGGGCUGUUCAGGGAGGGGCAGGGACACCAGUGGUUCUUUCUUCCACAUCUGCUCCUGCACUGUCCCCUGUGCUUUAUGUGAAAUCCUCCUGGAAGGCUUGCACUUGGCUGGAGCAGCCAGAAGAGGUCUGCUCAGGCCAGGACUGGAAAGCUGUUUGCUGCAGCACUUCUCUGCUGAGCCCUGGCUUCAUUCUGCCUUUCCCUGGCUUUUCUUCUUCUAUGUAGCUAUGCCCUCCUGUCUGCUCAUUUCCAUGGGAUGGCUUUCUGUGUGGGGGUAUUCUUCCCCUUCCCUCCCAUCACUAUUUCUUUGGUGAAAUCAAACUGUAACUCGUCAAGAAGGGUGACCCCUAUGCCUUUGCAUAACCCAGAACUGGUGAUAAACACCUGGGCUGGCCAGCUCACACCCUGUCCUGUGAUAGGCACGGUACAUGACAGCAGCGGGAGCUAAGUUCAUGUCCUGUUCUCCUGUGCCUCCGCUUCUGCUAUCUGGAGCUGUUGCUGGGCUACAAAACAGAGGUAGGUUUCAAAUGGCAGGUUCCUGGUCUACAAUGAUGAUCUGCCUGGAGCAUGUGGGAGUUCUGGCUUUAGGCUGGCUCUCGGGACUGCCAGCGAGCUGUACUGGCCUGAGCCGCGCCUCCCAAGAACCAGCCUGUGCUUGCAAAGGCAGCGUACCUUCCCGAGAGAGGAAUGUCAUUCCUGAAGGCUGGGACCCUCCAAGCAUGUACUUAGCUAGUGGCGGUCUCCUACUAGGGCAGACACUUCUUGAUCGUAGUAAGUAUAUUUUCAGUGGGUUUGGGUUUGUUUUGUAAGACUGCAGCGCAGGUGGAGGCUUGUGUUAAGUUUUAUCCUAGUUAUGCCGUUUACUACUUGCUCACAAUCACUCCACCUCCACGUUCUCACCUGGCUGCCUACCAAGUAUUAGGAACCUGACUCAUCAUGAGUGAAAUAGGUUCCUAAGAAAAGCAGGUGUAUUUCCAGUUCUAAGAAAACAAGUUCUUCCAGGUGUUGCAUUCUAGCAGUGACAUGGCCAAAGGAACAAGGGGUGAGAGAACCGAACAAGGGGGUUGUGACUUCCAAAACCCCGCUCCCUAACGUUUACUCUGGCUGUGGAGUUACAUGACAAAACUCCUUAGUCAAUAGAGACUGAGAGGGCAGUUUGCUGCUCCUAGCCAUGUCUUUUCUGUAGAAAACUUGGGCAGCAUGAUCGGUGCAGUUUGUAUUCCAGCUCUGACAGAGGUGCCUCCAAAGCGUGCAGUGUUGCAUUCAGUUGCUUUCACAAAGAAUAGGUGUUUUUGACUAAUUCUCAGGGGAGCUGUGCCCGUGCAAUGCACAGGCACACACUCGCACAGAGAUCGUUUCCCCCCCUCUGCAGACCGCUGAGUACAAGGUCUUCCCCAGGCUUCCACGUUACCCAGGAUUUAAAUUUUUUUCACCACGCUGCUGUGACUGAGGCAGCCAUGUCACGUCAUCAGCUUUUCAUCAGAUGUUGCAGCCACGAUGCACAGCCCUCAAGGCCCCUCUGACUAAACUGCGGUGACGAGUCAGAAGCCGAGCAGCAGCUCAGCAUGAACUUGCUGACAGUCAGAGCAAUGAGACCAAUGAACUGGUCUAGUUUUCAGCUGCAGGACUAUUGUGUCUCAAAGCAGAUUGCUUCCAAGCAAAGGGAAAAAAGCCAUGUGAGGAAGAGGGCACUUCCCAGGUACCUCACUAACACACUCAACCGAAGUUAAAGCUUACUAAAUUGCCGUACCUUGGUGUGUUUUCUCAGAGAACCUAAUAACAGCCAUCAGCAGCACUGCUAAAUCCUGACUAUCCUCAUUCCUUUGACAAGCUAAGAAAGCAAUGUUGAGAGGAACUUUAUAUCUCUGCUGUUCUCUGGCUGAAGGUGCUUUGCUCUGUUUGUCCCUCGUGCUGUCCUGCUUCCAUCCUGUCCCUUCUGUGGCUUUCUACAAUGUGGAAAUUCCCACACAACCACCUUCUACGCCUCCAGCAAGAACACAAGAUGAAAGAGAACAGCUGGCUGCAGCCCUAGAUGCACAGAGUGGGGAUCUGACUGCUGUGGCACAUUUAGCUGCAUGGGGGCAAGAGCGGCGGGUUUUUUUUUAUUUUUUUUUUCUCUUAGCUAGAAUACUGUCUAUAAAACUCCGACCAUCUGUGCAGGAGACCUAAAAAAUCUGUAUUCUGAAUGCAGAUAUGCAGUUGUAAUGGCAAGGGUUGGUACAGUACCAGCCUGUGACCUGCAGCCUUUGAUGGAGGGCUGACUGCGCUGGACCUGCCCCAGUCCAUGGCGUGUGGCAGGCAUCCUAAGGAGCUCCUGUCCCAGUUCAGUGAUGGAUCAGCUGCUUCCAUGGUCCUGUCUGUGCUCCAUUGUGUAAGAGCAGGGCAUUCACAGCAGCGUGGUGUUUGUCCUCUCCUUGAAGGUUAUUGAGUCGGUGACUAACUCUGGGACUUUCCUACUUGCUGCUGUUUCCCCAGCUCUUAGACAUGGGGAAAUUUGCCAUAAGCUGAAGAGUUUGAGGUUGGCUGCUUCUCCCCAGCUCAGCCACUGCUGGUUUCACUUGUAGUGAGCCACCCACACAGCAACAAGAAUUUUAACAGGGUGAGAAAGCGCUGGACUGCCUUCUGGGGGUAGAAUUUCCACACCUGGCUCAGGGUUGUAACCAGUCGCUGGUUCUUGUCUCAAUGCUCUAGGGAGCUGCUGUGAGAGCCAGGACUGCACUGGCCAUGGCUGGCCCUGAAGUUAGCGCUCUCGGCCCUUGGUGAGCAGCCAGCAGAGGUCUCGAGGCGCUGGCCCUGGCAGGCUCAUGCUGUGUUCACUAGCCGGUGCGUGUGUCCGACAGGCUCCGGGCUUGAGGGUUAUGCAGGGCAGCUCAUUGCUGGGUGGUCUGCUCCCUCACUGCCUUGCUGAGGGGCUCCAGAAGCAUGUAGUACGCUGCUCUGCAACACGAGGGAGGCAACUGAGCCAUCCAGUGCCGUUUCCUCCACAAGGGCAGGAAUUAGGAGCCAUAGUUCAGUGUGUGCUAUUUAUUCCAUGGCCUCAUCCUGAGCUGUGCUGGGCCCCUGCGAUGGACACUGCCAUCUGGAAGCAUCAGGGGUUCUUCCCACUUUUGGUCAGGCCACCUUUGCUGGUCUUACAACUUGUCUUAAAAACAUCCAGCUGGGCUCCCCAGUGAAGGACCGACACGACACGUUCAACUGCUGUCCAUACUGUCUCUGUUUCGCGUGUCAUCGGCCAUUGUUGUAGCUUCUUGCUGCUCCUGGCCCACCACUCUCCAACGUCUGCACAUGCACAGGGGCAGGGUAAGGGGUGUGGAAACCAGGCUGUGCAGAGCUGGUCACGGAACAGCAACCCGGGAUCCGAGCAGCUUCCUCGUUCGAGCAAAAGCCUCACACCACAACCAAAGCCACUGUGGAGGGUGGAAUCCCCCGUCCCCUGCAUUUUGUAGGAACAACCUUCAGACUCCUCUUCUUGCUGACCACUGUAAAUGUUUACCAGUGCUGAUUUGGAUGCAGAUACACUGAUGUGACACAAUUUCAUUGCAUUAGCCCUGGUGCUCUAGUGGAGCCUGUAAUACCAUGUUUGGGCCUUUUUAGCAUCAAACAAAACAAGCUCCUGCCUUCUGCCACCUUCCAGUGAACUCCUACCAGCAUCACAGCAAAGCCACAGCUGCAAAACAUUUGGACUACCCCAAGAAAGUCUCACAAAGCCUUUUGGCUCCUCUAUGGAGAAAUGUACUUUGAAUUUUUGGAAACAUUGGUUACUUUCUGGUAAUCUGUUUCCAUGAAAAUCCUGUUUAUCUCCAAUGUUGUUAAUAUGGCCCCAUCUAUUACAAGGUGCUUCUUACAACUCUGCCUGUUUGUCCUGCACCCCCAUCCCACCCUUUCUCCUAAAGACACGGUACAUCCCUGCCAGUGACAUGAGAAGCCACUAAUCACGUUAGGACUGCAUGUUCUGUGGGUUUGGGAUGGAGCCAGCAAUGCUGCUGGAGACUGUGGUCUGCCAUGCGAUCAUCUCCUGCAGCUCGCUGCUUGCCACGUGGAGGCAGCAUGCAAUGUAAGCUGUGCGCUUUUGCUUUUAAAGUGGUUCCACGGUCAGAGGUAAAAAAUAACCAGUGUAGUUUUCACCCUAUUAGAGAUGCUAGAAGCCAUCCAAGGCACACUCAGUUGCUGUACCCAGCCCCAGGUGUGGAAGGCCUGCUGCAAAGGCUUGUGGCCAGACAGCAUGGGUGGAGCAUGCUGAUUUUUCACAGCUGUGGUAAAAUGAAGGUCCAAGAGGCUCAGGUGAGGCUCUUGACAUAAAUGGCUGUAUGCCAGCAGCAGCCUUGUGGUCUUGCUGAAUCUCUGUGAGCAGAGGUCUGGGGACAAGCUGAUGGAUGUUGGCCCAAAAUGGGUCAGUUUUUGCCAACCUGUGUGAAAGGAGCAGCAAGUUCUGCCAGGUCUGCUGACUCAGGUGAGUGCUAUGGGGAUGGGUGAUGAAGUUGCUGACCUCAUGCAGAGUUGGUGCUCUUUGGAAGCAGAAGCACAGAAGGUGUGACCUGGGACCAGUGUGAGAAUGGCUGUGAUGGGGGAGGGUGGAGGUGUUCAGCUGAUGGGACACAUCAGCUGAACAGAGAAGAGGCUGAUGCUUAGUUUUCGAAGCCACAGGAAUCCAGCUGCGGGGCAGGGCUUUGGCAAAUACGUGGAGGGAGAGUGCUGCCUGUGGGCUGUCCAAAUAGGUGUAGGCUCUCGGAGGAGAGUGGUGGAGAGGCUGUCUUGGGGGGAGCAUGCUUUCCUGUGAGCUGAAUGUAGAGAGUGUAGUGAGGCAACAGGGGAGAGUCUCUGGGCACGCUUUGCAUGGUGCAGAUGAGGGUGAUGGGUUUGAGCCUGAGCAGAGAAGCAGGUUUCUGUUCCAGAUGGUCAGGGUGAGUUCACAGGCACAGUCAUUCCUGUUUCUGUUAAUCAGCGUGUGUCUGGUGAUUUCCUAAGAGAAGAGAUGAGCCUCUGUGUGAGCAAGACAUACGUAGUCACAGCUCCGUGAAGGUAAGCCCUUUUCCUCUGGCAGGAGCCAGUGAUGUCCUCCUACUAUAGCCUUCAUGCAGAAUGGGUUCAGACUUGAUGUGUAUUGGGGAAAACAGGAGGCUGAGGCCAGGGUUGGUGGCUAUAAAGAGGCAGCUGGCAAUGGCGAAAGGGAGGCAGGAGGGCAGGGUACUGGGGUCUCUGUAGGUGGCACUCAGCAUUCCCCAGACAGAAAGCAACGCACUCCUCCCUCCUCUGCAGCAUCCUGUGCCAGCUCACAGGCUGCCAGCUGGGGGGCUUUGUUUUUCAACCUGCUGCUUUGCUGACUAACACCUCCGCUUUCUGCCUGGCUCAUUCAUAUUUUACCCUAUUUCCUGGGCUUUGAGGUGGUUUCUUCUAUUGCUUUCCCUUCCAGUAGAACACUGUUACUCAUGCUACAGCUGUUCUCCUGCCAUUUUUUACUCAUUACUUAUCGUAAUGUAUGAUUAUCUUCCUCCUAAAUGUCACCAGCCAGUAAAGGUGCCUGUGACCCUAGAGUUACACUAGCUCUGUAUCUUUGAUGACGCUGAGGAUAUUGUUCUAAUUCCAUUGUGACAGGAAGAAAACACAGAGGUAGUACUGUUUGUGUGGGGGUUUUUCCCCACAUCACGAACCUGAUAGCUGCAAGUGUCACUAAUUGUCCCUCCUAGAGAAAGGAGUAAUCAGCUUUUAUUGUUAUUUCCUUUCUGUGUAUUCUUGCUGAUAAAUACAUACAAGUUGUUGCCCAUAUUCCAGUCAUGGCAAAAUACUUUUGGGCCAUCAAUAAUUUUAGCAGAAUGUAGCAAGCGUUCCCUGGUGUGCCCUUCGCACUUGCUUCUCGGUGAAUAUUGCCACUGCAGGUUGGGCUGAGAUCACAGCUGGAUGAAAGUAGUUGCAUCUUAUCUUGAAUCAGCAUAAAUCCAUGGCAGCUGAAGUGCUUCAGGUCUCCAAGUGCUUUACUGUGGGGGCUGGAUUCAGCUGCCCUGAAGUGCCGUAGCACCUUAGGCGUAGAGGAGUCAGUGCCCACGCAGCAUAGAGCAGCUCUAGAGCUGUGUGCAGUUGGAGAUGGUCACUGCAUACUGAGCCCACUGACAUGCUUUGCUUGUACAGGAUGUGUAUCUAUGUACUGUGCUCCAGGCGGCAGCAGGUGUCGGGGCUCCUAGAGAUCCUGCAUGUGUCCCCUACAUCGUGGCUUUUCCCAGGCUGGAUAUGGUGGAUACAGUCCCCCUCAGUUACUGAGAGAGAUCUGGUGGGUCACACUGUGCUGGGCUUCCCAGGACUGAGGAGCUGGGUGUGUGUUAAGCACUUCCUCUGACUGCUGCAACGUGAAGAGCAACGCUUCACAUGGGCACGUGCAUGUACUUGCACAUACACACAUGCACACAUGUAUAGGUACAGUGCUAGAUGACAGAAGAGAAUCAGGCAUGAAGUUUCAACACAUCCAUGGAUAAUGAGCUAUUCCAGCCUUCUGGCGGGCCCUUAAUGCUUCUCUUGGCUUUAUGCUUUACUAGCAGUGAGCAUCACAGAAGGGAAACUGUACACAUCUGAAUUCUGGUAGUCAGUGAAUGUUAAACUUUCUUAAAAUAAAACUAACUGUCUUAGAAAAAGAAGUUCCAGCUGCCACUGCUGCCCUCUGCUAGGGCUCAUUACAUACCUUCAGUCCUACCUCUCUUUCAUUGUCUCUAUACAGUAAAUACCUCCACGCCCUGACUCAUCCUGGGAAAAACAGAUGGUUUGGACCACUCAGGCUGGGGCAGGUGGCUCUUGACCAUGCUUGCUAGGUGGUUGCUGGUAACUGGUCUGGCCCUUGUGCUGGUUGUGCAGUGUUAUAACGUGCAUAGAGAAGAUCCCGUUACUAACUGUUGUUAGCUGUUGAGCCCAACUCAACUACUGAGCUAUUCUUCAUUGUGUUUGGAGCAGAAUCUUCCGUCAGAGAGACAAGCUCUUCCUUCUGUACACUCUGUGGAUCACUUACAGGCAUGGUGUCAGGCCCAAGCUUCUAGAAAAGGCUUGUCUCGGCUGUUGCUGCCUAUGGGUUGUGGAGACUGUCACUGUUAGGUGCCGUGUGGGAUAACACAGGGUGAAUUAGACUGAGCAGUGAAGCUAGACAUUUCCCAGGCAGUUAGUAACAUCUUUCUCUUGUGAGUACAGCAGACCAGGACAGUGGCGCAGCCUUUGCUCCAGGACUCUCCAAGGUGCGCUCGUGCCAUUAUUUGUGCAGAGGAAGGAGGGAAGGGGCAGCAUAUAUGAUCAGUCCAAAGAGUGAUAGUCUGCCAGGACUAAGCCACGCUACUUUUAAAACAUGCAUAUUAUUUUAAAAAUAAUAUGUACUUGAUAUUACAGAGCUAAUUUUUAAAACAAAAGUACCAGUGGUACUCUAAGAUCAACUGCUUCAUAAAUUUAAAUGUAUUGCAAUUAAAUGCCUGUUUUUCUCAAACUUAACUCAUUAAAAAUGAAAAAUCACUUGUGUUAAUAUUGUCUGUAUAACUGCUUUAGCUGCAAUUAUUCUGUAUUAUUAUCCUUUUGUUGUAUAUUAACUGAAUCUCAUGUUAGCUUUUCUAACAGUUUUGGUUUAGACUCGUUGGCCUGGCUUUGUACUGUAUUUGCUUUCAUAAAAACUCUGGCACAUUAACACUUUUACAGUCUCCUUGGGAACAUUCCCUGACACAGCGACACCUUGCCUUGUUCCUGCCUGUGUAUCAGCAUAGAAAUCAGAGCUGCUCUCUCUUGCAAUGUUAUUAAGAGUUUCUCCUUGGCUGUGUAGUCAUUGCUCCAGACUGGGAUCAGCAGCCUUUUAAGUCUGGAUUUCUCCCUUUCAAAUAGAUGUUAGUAUGCUGGAAGCAGUAAGCUCCUGAUUAUUUUUCAAAUAUCUUAUCAGUACAUGAGAGAGAGAGAGAGAGGCUACUGCUGAAUAUGGGGCUGGGAGCUUCUGUCUUUAGCAUCUUCUGACAAUCUUGUGCCCUCUAUGGCCUGCGAUUGCUGCAUCCUUGCCUACAUGAAGGGAUGGGGUUUAUUUUGUCCUUUAACUACUAUAAAAAUGUGUUGUACUUAGACUGACCAGCCAUGACUCUCCCAUUUCUGUGGUUUCACUGGCAGCUGCCUGAGGAGCCCUGAGGUCUGGGUAAGAGCAGGCCCCUACUGGCUGUGCGUCUGCUGCUCCAGGCUGCCUGGCUGGGUUGUGCUGUGCUAUGCCAAGUCUUUGCAUCUUCUCUUGCUGUGCAGUGAGUGCAGAAGGGGCAGUGGGCUCUUCAGCUCAGCCAGUCUCGGAGCUGAACAUAGACCCUACUUAUGCUGCACCCAGCGGCUUUGUGCCUGCUCCGCUGCGGCAGUCUCCUUGGGUUAUUCUAGCUCCUUGUUCUUUGCCCUUCUACCACCACACUAUACCUGUGUGUGCCAAGUCCCCUCCGUAGUGCUGCUUCUUCCCCCCCUUGCCCAAGCACACAAGGAGCAUGCCUUGGGUUCCUUGCAGCCCCUUUUAAGGUACGCAGAGGUGAGUUGACCUACCCUCCCUCAGUGUCAGUCUUGCAAUCUGCGGGGCCCUUGCCCAGACAGAAGCUGCAGGCAUGAGGUCAGGGUAGGGGUGAGCCCCUCCACCUGUGCAGGAGCCAGACCACCUCCCUGCCAGUGGUCUGAGGACUGGUGCUGUUGCCCUGGUCCCAGGGGCCAUGCUGGGGACAGGUGGAAGCAGAGCACAGUGGUACUCGACUGCCUCUGGUGAGGUAUGCACUGUGCUAUAUAGUUAGGCUUAACCAUUUAGUGCCUUGACACUGAUGCCUCCCCACUGCAAAGCUCUAACUCCACCAGCCCUGCUAUGACCUUUUAGAGCUGAGGCUUAUGAGUUUUUUUCUGCUCUCCCACCUUUUUCUCACAUAAGAGUGAGAAAGCAGAGCAAUACAGUAAUAAAUGUUGUGUGGGUGUUUGGACCCGAAUUCAUUGCCUCCUCUGCUCACCACAUCCUUCUAUCGGCACAGUAAUACUGAUACAGUGGUGACGUCAACGACCAUUUAUCGCUCUGUAUUCCAAUACACUACAGCUCUUGGUCGUGUACAAGUAGGCUUUACUCUUACUCAGUGCUGAUGAGAUCCACCUGCUUUCCAGCUCUUGCGCAUGCCGUGUCUGCAGUCGCAGUAAUGAUUUAGCCAGGCCAGCCAUGGAAGUGUUGGAGGGCUGAAAUGGACAGCUGAAAGGACGGGGCAAGGACAUCCGGUCAGAACCAACAUGAGGAACAAACUGUGGCUCCAGAGUAUUUCCUUCUUCCUUUUAUUCCAGUAUACUACGUGUUGUGAAAACCUCACUUGUUUUGUGGACUAUGUACAGACGCUGUCCUGUAGCCUGAGAAAUGAUUUGGGUGCCAGUUCAUAUAACCUCACUGCAACAUGGGUUCAGGAGGAAGAUCCAGAAAAUACUGUGGCUGCCUGCAGUCUCCUGCAAUUCUCCAGGAACACCAGUCACACACAGUACAUGUGUACUGUGGACAUGACUGAACUCCUGGCAGAUAUCAAAGUCCAGGUGGAUGUUACAGAGAUAGCCAAUAGGCAGCACGUGAUUUCCAAAGGCUUUUAUAUGGCAGAGAACAUCAAACCACAGCCUCCGUUCAAUCUGACCGCUGUGUUCUCAGAGGGUUACAAUAUUUCCUGGGAAACCAUCUACCAGAAUUCUCCUUUCUACUUUUUGAAUGAGGAGCUGGAAUAUCAGCUGCGUUAUAAGAGAAGGAUUGACACCUGGGAGGCUCAGAAGACUAAAGCUGUCCAUGAAGAUAGACGGACACUGGUGAUCCUGCCAUGGGAACUCCAGGCAAACACUGAGUAUGAGUUCCAAGUGAGAGCCAGACCCCGAGAAGGCACUGGCUACUGUGGAUUUUGGAGUGAAUGGAGUCGUCUGCUGAUUUUGAAAACCAGCCCUGCCGCAGUGACACAGACAGCAGGCAUGGGAUGGCUGCUGCUGCUGUUCGGUGUUGUCGUGGUAAUCACUGCCUCGAUCACAACCUUUCUGGCCAAACAGCGGAGCCUGUGGAAGAAGAUGGCUUGCAUCCCAGACCCUGCUCCCUUUUUCAAACCUCUUUACCUGGUGCAUAAUGGAGAUUUCAAGAAGUGGGUUGGUGCAUCCCAUAUGAAAAUGACCUUCGAUUUCUUUGAAUGGGGAAUGGUCCUUCCAGAAGUCCUAGAAGUUUACACCAUGUGUCCUUCCAACAACACCUCACGGGAGGAGCUGCACAAGCUGAGAAAAGAUCUGCCUUGCAAACCCUGCGUCUCUUGCCUGACUGCCCCAGUUCAGGAUAGCCAGUCCCUGCUGUCUAGUAUGAACAGCAGCAGUGGGCCUCAGGACCGGUCAUAUGGGCAUUUGUCCAUUGAUACUGUGACUGUGGCUGAUGAAUUUACACCUUGUAACUGCCAGUACAACUGUAACCGUGUGUACAGGGGACACGAGCAUACCAGCGAGGAAGAUAGUGCUGGGGAAGCUGGUUACCCCAAGGUUAACGUUGAUGAUGAAGACAGAAAGACAUCCAGUGACUUGCAUCUCGCUGACUUGAGCACACAGGACAAAAUACUUGCUUCAGGCUCUGUGUCCACAGACCACCUGAGGAGUACAAGUAUCCCAGCCCGCCAGCAAGCAGAAAGGGCUUUGGAAGGAGGGAUGGGGAGCAUCCUAGAAGCCCUUUGCUUGCAGCCUGAUCAGUGGGAUUUAGAAAAUCCAGCUUCUCUACCUUCUCCUGAUGGUGAGAGUGUUUCCUACAGUGAGGGCUCCUAUGACUUCUCCCCUCACAUUGCAAGGCCUGUUGACAGUUACCCUAUGAUCUGCGUAGAUUUGGACACUAUUGACAGUGGCUUUGUGGACUCAGACUGUGGGAGUCCAGUUGACUCUGAAUUUGAGCAAAACAGUCAGACCAACUGUGGGUCCGUCCCUCUUGAGCGGGCGGGGGAGGAAUUUCCACGGAGUUAUGUCAAGCAGUGGGUCUCCUGUCGCUCUGACAGCCCUGUCAAUGGGACACAGACAAACUAAGGACGUGAUGCUGCCUUGCAGAGUGUAGGGCCUUCUCCAUACUGUGCCAGGAGCAAAGCGUUACCAGAUUCAGAAAAGAAACAAAGUUUACUUUGUGUAAGCUCUAUUGCAUACAACCAAAAACUGUUAGGUCUUUAGAAAUAUAUGCAUAUUUCUAUUGCCACUUAUCCUGUUAAUGUCUCAAACCUGAUGUGAUUGGUUCGGUUUUGGUGGGGGGUUUUUUGGGUGUUUGUUGUUUUUUUUUAAUCCUAGGUCAAACACCCUUAUAAUGGCAGAAAAAGCAACUGUACUUUGAAAUUUAACCUUUAGCUUAUGUAGACGUGCAAAUUUUUUUGACAGUAACCUUAUAAAGAGUACAAAACUUUAAAAUUUU